UUAUUCUAUAACAUAUUUAACUUAAACCUAUUGUGUACUCAAAAAUUCUCAAACAACACAUAAAAUUUCGUGUUUCAAUAUUUGCAAUCAAAUCGGCAUAUCAAAGGGCACAUGCGCGGUUGCCAAGUUCACGAUAGUAAAGUCGAUAUUAGUCGGUAGAGUGUUUAUUUUGUUUUCAUGAAAGUUCCUAUGCUGUCACUGGGGAACAUUUAACUUUAUAUUGUUUUCAAUCUUAACAUGCCCAUUACACACUCAGCAGUAAAUAUAUGAAUAAGCAAUGGAAAGCUCACCGGAAAAAUCACCUUAUAGGCCUACGGUCGGCGCCGGUUCGCAGGAUAAUCCCGCAGGACUGCUGGGCCCCGAGUGGCAAAAAAGAGCGGAAGAAGAAUUAAACGAGACUCCGGAGAAUUACCGCGCGGAGCUCGAUGCGCUACGUGGUAUGGUUACCAAUGACACAAACUUAACCGUUCCAAAUAAAGAUGAGUUUUUAAUACGUUUUCUUAGAGCGAGAAAGUACGACAAUAAAAAGGCUUUUCACAUGCUUCAAAGAUAUUACUUGAUGAAACUGAAAUGUCCUGAAUUAUUUGGAUGUCCCAUACCCUCGGAGUGUGAAAAAGUUUUUGAAUUGCAAGCUCAAACAAUGCUUCCUCAGAGGGAUCAGCUAGGCAGAAGGAUAUAUAUCAUAAGAGUUGAUUAUUUCGAUGCAUCCCGCGUGACCAUAGAAGACAUCUUCCGGGCCAAUAUCCUGGCCUUGGAGGACAUAGUCCGGGAACCGGAAACACAAAUAUCCGGUAUCGCUGUGAUUUUGGACAUGUCCGGACUGAGCUUGCAACAUGCCAAAUUUUUUACGCCUUAUUACGCUAAACGAAUGGUCGAGCUGGUCCAAGAAACGUUUCCAUUGAGGUUCAAGGGUUUUCAUGUUGUUAACGAACCGUUUUACUUUGACGCUGUUAUGACGGUCCUCAAGCCGUUUUUAAAGGAAAAAAUAAGAAAAAGGAUAUUCUUACAUGGCACUGAUUUGAAUGCGUUACACGCCUUUUUUAAUCGUGAUAUUUUGCCUAAUGAGUAUGGUGGAAACGCUGGAAGCUUCGACAAUAGACCCUGGAAAAUGAAAUUGUUAUCUGCAGAAGUCUAUUUUAAUAAUUUAAAGAAUUAUGGGUACAAUACUAAAAUAGACAAAGAAAUUUAGAAAAUAUAGCUUUUAAUGUAGGUUUAUACGUAAACAUUUAUUACAAAAAAAAAUAAAAGGUAUAAUAUUUGUCAGGCAGGCCUGAUAAAAUAUACUAAUAUGAUUUCUUAUAAAAAAUAAUAUAUUAAUAAAUUUAGCUUUAAUAAUUUAAG